AUGUCCGUCAACAGGGUGCUACAAUACUUGAAAUUUGGUGACCCAACCAAGGUGCUAAAAUUAGCAGAAAAUGCGAUGCCGAGUGCUCCAGGAGUGGGACAGGUCAUUGUCAAGUGGAUCGCUUCGCCAGUGGAUCCGCUUGAUUUGAACAAGAUCAGUGGUUCGUAUCCAGCUCAUAAAGCGCAAUUUCCAUGCAUUGGUGGAUCGGAGGCAGUUGGCAUAAUCGAUAAGGUUGGAUCAGGAGUAAAAGGGUUAUCGGUCGGCGACAAAGUCAUACCCACAUAUCUGAGAGACCCAGUGUGGGCAAAUUAUGGACUCUGGAAAGCUGAGGACGUUCGGAAAGUCGAUAACCGUAUGAGUAUUGAAUCAGCAGCAACGUUGUUGAUCAAUCCAGCAACAGCAUACAUAAUGAUGAAAUACUAUGUGGAUUUGAAACCUGGUGAUUAUGUGAUCCAAAACUGUGCUGGAUCGUCAGUUGGACAUUACGUUAUUCAAAUUGCCAAAGCAUUGGGUUAUAAAACGAUCAAUACAGUAUGGGAUGGUCCUCGUUCAGCCACAUCGCUGAAAAGGUUAAAGGAAUUGGGUGCAGACUACGUGUUCACUGAUAACGAAUUCGCAAAAGAAGGCAAAAAAGAAAUCAAAAGUCUCAAGGUUCCCAUCAAGUUGGCGCUCAAUGGUACCGGAGGUCCAUCGAUUCAAAAGAUCUCGUCGGUUCUCGCUAGGAGUGCUACUGUUCUUACAUAUGGUGGAAUGUCACUGAAGCGACAUGAAUUCUCAACCACAUCAUUUGUGUUCAAUGAUUUGCGAGCGUUCGGAUUUGCUCUCUUCGACUAUCUCGAGAUACCACAGAAUAAACAGAAAGUUGAUGAAACCUACAGACAUCUUCAAAAAAAAUUUCGGCAUAAGCGUUUGCAAUGGAUUGUGUACGGUAAAUUUGUUGCACGUGAAAAAUUCUCAACACUACAUGAAUUUGUGCAGGAUUUGUACGCUAAAGGAGAGAUAUCUACACCGAUGAUGGAGCGGUGCACAAUGGACGAUUACGCGAGAGCGAUUGCAAGAGCAGUUGAAGGAGGGCAUUUGAAACAGUUGCUGUAUUUUGAUACGAGUUACAUGAAAAAGCAAUAG